AUGUCCACCAACCCAAGCAGCGAUGCUACCUCGCAUCAGUCUCACCCGGCAGACCUAAAAUUAGAAGAAAGCGCAAGUGAAAUGCCGCCAAAAACCACAGGCAGCGAGGAGGAUACCAACCCCAACCCCCACUGGCUAAUCGAAGCCAUCCAAUGCCCUCUAUGCGCUCGACCACUGAAAACACCUAUUCGCCUCCCAUGCGGGAAAACGAUAUGUCGCUCAUGCCUGCCGCCACUGAAGCGGCGAGAAGGCAUUUCGUAUCCGCAGGGCGAGGGCCGAAAGGAAGGGUUCAUCUGUCCAUGGGAGCACGGGGAUCUGGAACAGAAUGAAAAUACGAAAGACUAUGAGUCCUCGCCCGAGCACGCGCUGGCUGAUUGCGGCGUUGAUGUUGUGCUCAGUAAAAUCAUGGAUGUAUUUGAAAGAGUGCUGCAGGAGCAUGCGAAUACGACCACACCGGACAUACAGGCUUAUUGGAAGCUAGGGCCUUAUCCUCCUAUUGCCAGGCCUAGUGAAGGUGAAAAUGACGCAGAUAGUGCCGUAAUAGCGGCUUCGUUGAAGGCUCCUACCACUAGUGCCAUCAUCAAGCUUGGCCGCUAUUUAGGGACUUACAAGUUGAGUCAAGAAGGAAACCUGCCUAUCACCGCCAAGGAUGUCGUCUACGUGGACAAUGUGACGAGCAGCGAAGAAGAGCCUUUGAAUGACUCCAACGCAAAGCUAGACGCGCUCGUCUUGAAACAGCUGAAACAAGGUAUUCGAGAAGAGCUCGACUGUCAAGUAUGCUACGGCUUGAUAUAUGAACCAUGGACUUCUUUGUGCGGGCACACUUUCUGUCGAGACUGCGCUGAUCGUGUACUGGACCAUUCAAACCUCUGCCCAUUCUGCAGGAAGAGAAUGUACAUUUCGUCGGCCAAGGGACAUUAUUCGUUGCAUGAUAUCCUCCACUUCUUCCUGUGGAGAGUAUUCACUAACGAGACAAUCGCUCGCAGAGAGGCCAAUCAAGCGGACUAUGGAACCAAGGCGGACACUGAAAUGCCUCUAUUCGUCUGUACGCUUGCUUAUCCGUCAAUGCUGACUUUUCUUCAUAUCUUUGAGCCGCGAUAUCGUUUGUUGAUCCGGCGCGCGCUUGACUAUGGAAACAACAAAUUUGGCAUGGCGAUUGCUAAUCCUGAUGCUGAGUCGGUGAAUGUUCAAGACAACAACAAUUCAGGAAAUGAUAUGGAACACGCGCCAUUCAAGCAAUAUGGCACAAUUGUUACGAUUGCUAGAUCGGAAUUUCUACCCGAUGGCCGUAUCAUAGUGACUGCUAUGGGGAUGUCCAAAUUCAAAGCGCUCCGCUGGGGCGUUACCGAUGGAUACUAUACCGCUGAGAUUGAGCGCGUGGACGAUAUCAGUUGGGAAGAGGAAGAGAAUAUAGAAGCUCGUGAAGUGGCUGCCGCUGCUGCUACUGCUACCACCGAUUCCAACGCGCCGAGCCAACCGGAAGAAGAGCCUAGUAAAGGUGCAUCUCUAGAAUCUCUAUCGACCCAGCAACUGAUGCAAUUCUGUAUGGACUUUGUUGAGAAACGAAGUGCAGACGCCUCGCCAGCGACUCAGAGGCGGAUCCUUGGGGCGUAUGGUGCGCCUCCGACAGAUCCAGCCAUCUUCCCGUAUUGGUUUGCCAGUGCUCUUCCCAUUCCAGAGGAAGAAGCAUACAAGCUUUUGCCUUUGACGAGCGUGCGUGAGCGACUCAAGCUGGUAGCUACGUGGCCGGAGAUGUUUGAUAGCAGAUGGUACGGUAUUUUCCAUUUAUUGUGA